AUGCUCAGUUUAAUAACCAUAGGUUUGGGAUGGAUUGGAGUUGCUAUAGCCUAUGAUCCAGUAAUUGAGCAGGUCUCCCCAAACCCUGCUAUUGUUGGCGAAAGGUAUUCUUUGCGUUGCAAAACGGGGCCUUUGGGGAACAUAAGUCAAAUAAAUUGGAGUUUCUCAAACGGUUCAACAAUUUUUAAAAACGAGAUUUUCGAUCUAGAAGGUAACUUCAGUGAAAUACUCGUAUUCAAAGAUGUCAAAAAAACUUUCAAUGGACUACAGUUUUCAUGUUUUGCCAUAUCCUUUGAGAAUACAACGACCAAAAGUACACCCUUUACCUUAACUGUCAUAGAGUCCAUAUCUACAAUAAAAGUCAGACAGAUCUCCCCAGACCCUGCUAUUGUUGGUCAGAACUAUUCUUUCCUGUGCGAGGUUGAGCCUUCAAGAGAAAACGUUCUUAUACAUUGGAGUUUUGCAAACGGUUCAGUUAUUUCUGAUAAUGAUGUGUUUAAACUGGAUAGUAACAUAAGUCAAACACUUACUAUCAACGAUGUCAAGCAGUCAUACUUGGGGUUCCAAUUUAUAUGUGCUACCGCAGACGUUGAUAAUUCAACUAAGAAAAGCCAGCCUUUUUCGUUAAUUGUUGUCGCUUCGCCCGAGAUUGAGUAUUUUGAAGACACAACAUACGCACAAUCAGGGCGACCAUUUCUUAAGGAUUGUUUAGCUUCUGGCUACCCCUACCCCGUGACAAAGUGGUUUCAAGGAAGAAAAGAAGUACGACAAAUGAACACCUCAGUGUUUCGUUCUGUUCUGGUCAUCCCAACUGUCGCCCCAAAUACACGUGUAAAUUACACGUGCAAAGCAACAGUUUCGCUGGGAAUCUUUGUUUUGUCUACCAAAAGAUCAUUUACUCUCAUAUCUUACGAUAACAUCGGUGUGCAAGACCAAGAUGAAAGUUUUACCAACAGAGUGGAGUAUAAAUAUUCCAUAUUUAUAGCGACUAUUGUGGGAGUUUUUCUAUUGAUACUGGUACUGACAGGCAUUUUGUGUGGAUAUUUGAAAAUGAGUGGAUAUUUACCAGGCCACAUUAAAAAGACAGAAGAUAUUGGACUGGAACCGAGUAAUCCGCCCAAAGAUGAAACUGAAAACAUGAAUAAUGGGUACCAAAAUUUAAUGUGA